GUGGCGGCGAAGAUGGCGGCGGCAGCCAGUAUUAGAGAGAGGCAGACAGUGGCUUUGAAGCGAAUGCUGAAUUUUAAUGUGCCUCAUGUUAAAAACAGCACUGGAGAACCAGUAUGGAAGGUACUCAUUUACGACAGAUUUGGGCAAGAUAUCAUUUCUCCUCUGCUGUCUGUGAAGGAGCUUAGAGACAUGGGAAUCACUUUGCACCUGCUUUUGCAUUCCGACCGAGAUCCUAUUCCAGAUGUUCCAGCAGUGUACUUUGUUAUGCCAACAGAAGAAAAUAUAGACAGAAUGUGCCAGGACCUUCGAAACCAACUUUAUGAAUCUUACUAUUUAAAUUUUAUUUCUGCUAUCUCAAGAAGUAAACUGGAAGAUAUUGCAAAUGCUGCUUUAGGAGCAAGUGCAGUAACACAAGUGGCGAAGGUUUUUGAUCAGUAUCUCAAUUUUAUUACUUUGGAAGAUGAUAUGUUUGUACUAUGUAAUCAAAAUAAGGAGCUCAUCUCAUAUCGUGCCAUUAAUAGAUCAGAUAUCACAGACACUGAAAUGGAGACCAUUAUGGACACAAUUGUUGACAGUCUCUUCUGCUUUUUUGUUACUCUUGGUGCCGUCCCUAUAAUUAGAUGUUCAAGAGGAACAGCAGCAGAGAUGGUGGCAGUGAAACUGGAUAAGAAACUUCGAGAGAAUCUAAGGGAUGCCCGAAACAGUCUUUUCACAGGUGACACACUUGGGGCUGGCCAGUUCAGCUUCCAAAGGCCUCUAUUAGUCCUCAUUGACCGAAACAUCGAUUUGGCAACUCCUUUGCACCAUACUUGGACAUAUCAGGCCUUGGUUCAUGAUGUACUGGAUUUUCACCUAAACAGAGUCAGUUUGGAAGAAUCUUCAGGUACAGAAAAUUCUCCAGCUGGUGCAAGGCCAAAGAGAAAGAAUAAGAAGUCAUAUGAUUUAACAGCAACUGAUAAAUUUUGGCAGAAGCAUAAAGGCAGUCCUUUCCCAGAAGUAGCAGAGUCUGUUCAGCAAGAGCUGGAGUCUUACAGAGCUCAGGAGGAUGAGGUCAAACGGCUUAAAAGCAUUAUGGGCUUAGAAGGAGAAGAUGAAGGUGCCAUAAGUAUGCUGUCUGACAAUACGGCCAAACUGACCUCAGCUGUUAGCUCUCUUCCAGAACUUCUUGAAAAGAAAAGACUCAUCGAUCUCCAUACCAACGUUGCUACAGCGGUUUUGGAGCAUAUAAAGACACGAAAACUAGAUGUAUAUUUUGAGUAUGAAGAAAAAAUAAUGAGCAAAACCACUCUGGAUAAAUCUCUUCUGGAUAUGAUAUCUGACCCAGAUGCAGGAACUCCAGAAGAUAAAAUGAGACUGUUUCUUAUCUAUUACAUUAGUGCACAGCAGGUACCCUCUGAGGCUGACUUGGAACAGUAUAAAAAAGCCCUGACUGAUGCGGGAUGCAACCUCACUCCUUUACACUACAUCAAACAGUGGAAGGCUUUUGCCAAGAUGGCUUCAGCUCCGACCAGCUACGGGAACGCUGCUGCUAAACCAAUGGGCCUCUUAUCACGGGUCAUGAAUACAGGGUCACAGUUUGUGAUGGAAGGAGUGAAAAACUUGGUUCUGAAACAGCAAAAUCUACCAGUUACUCGUAUCCUAGACAAUCUCAUGGAGAUGAAGUCAAAUCCUGAGACAGAUGACUACCGGUAUUUUGAUCCCAAAAUGCUCCGUGGCAGUGACAGUUCAGUCCCUAGAAACAAAAAUCCAUUCCAGGAGGCUAUUGUGUUUGUGGUGGGCGGAGGCAACUACAUUGAAUACCAAAAUCUUGUUGACUACAUAAAGAGCAAACAAGGCAAACAUGUUUUAUAUGGCUGCAGUGAGCUUUUUAAUGCAGCACAAUUUGUAAAACAGCUAUCUCAACUUGGACAGAAAUAGCACAAAAGAGCUUCAGUUCCUGAUUCCUCUUGGAACUUGGACAAAAUGUAAAAAAAAAAAUCAGAAAAACCAGAUGACUCUCCUCCCUAUAACAUGUCCUAUUCCUUAAACUUAUACCGUUCCAUUAAUUUGAUAAUUUUUAAGGAAUUCCUGUACUUAAUAAUAUAAUGCAUACCAGAAAAAAAUAAAACAUUUCAGAAAAAUUAA